CAUUUGCUUCUUGGAAGACACCAUAAUUGCUGAUACAGGAGAGAUCAUAGUGGAAUAUUUGGAUAAUCUUGCCUCUGAAGCAUGACUGGCACUGCUACAAGUCCCUUAUCCAGAAAUCGUGCAUUAAUCAAUGAAUGGCAUCUUUUUAACUGAAGGAAAAACUCAAAACAUGGCAGAUAGAGCAGACAAACUUCCAUCUAAGAAGGGUGGCCCAGUAACUCUAAUUGUAUCAGCAGCCAGUGCUUCCCAACAACCAUCAAUGAGGAUAGCUUCUAGUAUUGGAUCAGUCAAAGAUUCAUCUACGUUGCUUCAAUCAGUUAAAACAGGGCCAGGUACUGUCUUCAUUGACAUCUCACAGGCUAAAAAGCCAGCUGCAAUUGAGAGGAAGGCAGUGAACACCACAGCUAAAGAAACAUACACAUUGCAGAACUCUCCUACAAGUCACAGUCAUAGACCACCAAGUAGAUAUAAAGUGACUGCUCCACAAAGAAUGGCAACAAGAAGCAGAAAGGAUCUUCUGGUAAAGGAGCCUCCAAAGUCAAAGAAAAGGAAGUCUACUGCAAAGAGCAAACCUAAUCCUAAAAAUCCUAAAACUCCUAAUACCGCAGUGAGUAGAUCAGGAUCAACUUCAAAGACGAUGUCACCAAGGAAAAUUUUCAUAAACAACAAAGCUUUAAAUUCCAAUCAGGUAGUUACAGUAGCCACUGCUAAAACACAUCCCAGUAACUCUAAGCUAAAUCUCCAACGUAGUUCAAGUAUGGUUGAUGUCACAGUGAAAUGUACUCCAUCAAGAAGCCUCCCCAGACUAUCAACCUCCGAUCACCAUGACCAUAGCUAUGUGUACAGCUCCAGAGAUCUUAAAGAACUCAAAGAUAUAAAGGAUUUGAAGGCCAAGGCACUCAAGAAUGCAAAAGUGGUGGAGAAGUUAAUGAAAGAUCGGAGGAUGCUCAGGAUGAGGAAUUUCAGAGCAAAUAAAAAGAUUGAGAGACUCAAGAGGGCUGUUGAAUUAGAACAACAGAUGCACAGGGAAACCCGUCAAACCCUCAAAGCUGUGAUGCAAGGUUUGCACUUACAGUAUCCAGAUUAGAGUUAUCAUCAAGGGUUGGCUUUUGGAUGAAAAUCAAGAGAAUCUGGAUCACCCUAAAAUGAGGUGAGCCUGCUUAUGUUGAAUCUCUUGGAACCACAAAACUCUAGUUUGAAAUCUAGGUGAAAUCACAUACUUUGCAUAAUCUCAUCUGUAAAAAUGUUUAAAUUGGCAAUGAUGUGACUAAUAGAAGUUGAUGUAAGGAGACUUAAUCCCAGCCUCAUAAAACACUACUUAUGUGAUACUGAAUUGAAAGUCUCUUCGAAUCUCUUGUUUGCUUCAAACAUGAGACAAAGGGCAAAUUUUGCUCAUAAAAUUGUAAAAUGGUAUUGGCUUUUAAAGCAUAAGGGAAAUUGCAUAAUCAGUGUCUUUAUGAAAACCAUUAAUCAUCAGAAAAUCUUUAAAAGCAUAUUCACUUUUGUUGGAUACUGUAUUUAGCUCAAAUAUAAAGACACACAUGGGAGCAUGUGACAUUUCACAAUAGUGAUUUUCAUUCCAUUUUAUUCUUUUUACUGAACUCAGAGCAAUUUUUAGAUGGCUAUUGAUUGCACUUGGCAUGUCAAAUACUGGUGUGCCAAAUAUAGCAUUCAAGAAUCAAGAUGUCCAUCAUCUCUAAUUUAUCUCGCAUGAUUUGACCAAGGAUUAUUCAAAAGGUGUUUGCAAGUGGGCAUGUGUAACUGUAACCUAUCCAUUUUAUUUAACUCUGAAAGUCAUAAUAGGUCCAUCCAUCUUUUGCCUCUUUGUUUUUUUAUUCAUCUUGAUGAGAAAAAAAACUUGAUAGAAACUUUGAUAAUUUUUGUUUUUAUCUUGCUACUCACUAGCUAAAUAAGAAACUGUAUUUAUUCUUUGUUUACAUUUUGAAACUGGCAUUAUAUUGGAUUCCAAAUGCAUGUUACAUCAACCUUUGUAUAGAGUACUGAAGUGAUGAUGUUUCAAAAAUCUUCUUUUUUUUUACUUCAGCUUUUGUUAUAUAUGUCAUACCUGGAUGGAGCUUGCAAAAAUAUAUCAACAACCCAAAUUUUGUGGGAAUUGGUAAAUGGGGGCCUAAGAUAGGACCUCAUGUGUGCAUAGUUAGCCCCUUUGAAGUUUAUGUAUUACCAUAUAUUACUGGCCUGGUUCAUUGCAUUUAGAAUAACGCGAAUAAUACAUUGAUUUCAGUGGAGCUAAUUAUGUAUACAUGAGGUCAUGUCUUGGCAUUCAUGUACCAAUUCCCUUCAAGGUUUUGCUGCGGGUGCAUUUCAUCAUGCUCUACAAAAAUCAAAAACACUGAAAUUUAUGCAAAAGAAAAAUUUAUGAGGGCAGACUUGGUACUUUGUAGAGAUACAGCUCUGGUUUUGGUUCGUAUGUUGUUUUUGCAAAAACCUGGUUAUAAUUAUUUGCGAUACACCCAAGAAUAAGGAAAGCAAUGGUUAUUUAGCUACAAAGUUAUGUAUUCCUUAUUGCUUGAAGGGAAUAUGCUUUGGCGUUGGUGACUCUCCAAGAAGUUAUUUUUGUUAUCACUCAACCUGUACACUAUUUAUGCAAAACGGGAUGUUUGCUCAUUAUGAAAUGUCCUAUAUGUAGCUAAAAUGGCUAUUUAUAAGUACCGGUAACUCUGCCUAUUAAAUCUCUCUUGAGACUACAGAUUUUUUUCUUUGACUUGAUUUAGAAUUAAUGUGAAUGAGGAAAAUAACACUUGUUUUAUAUAUAUAAUGUGGUCUAAAAUAAUACUUUGAGUGAGGUGAUUAAGGUCAGCUUAUGCAGCUUUAUUUGAAUUUCUAUGUGAACAUCAUUAGUUUUUCAAUAUAUUAGUGGUCCCAAAGAUAGCAACAUACUUCACAUACAGCCAUGGGCGGAAAUCCCAGGGGGGACGUGUCCCCCCUAUUCAAAAUAGUAGGGGGGAUGCAAUAUCAAAUGUCCCCCCUACUAUUUGUGGUCUUUUAUGAUGGUAAGAAAUACAUAAUUCAAAAUCGAAAUAAAACAUGUGUUUUAGGACCAGAUGACCUUACUUUUGGGAUGAUAAUCUUUUUUUUUUUUUUUUGCUUGUCAAAUUUAUUUUCGUCAAAAUGACCUUAAAUUGGGGGGGAGAUAACCUUUUUUUUUUUUUUUUUUUUUUUUUUUUUUUUUUUGCUUGUCAAAUUUUCCAGCCCCUUGCCCCCCCCUACCUUUUGGGAGAGAUUUCCGCCCCUGCAUACAGCAUGCUACUUUGUAAAUUAUUCUGUAUUCAGAAUUCUUCAUUGAUGACUUAACAUUUUGAAUUUGAUAUCACAACUUGGCCUAUUUGCAUGUUUGACACAACACUCAAAAUUUAAAUUCCAAACAACAUAUACUAGGCCAGACAAUGUAAAAGACAGUAAUUACUGUCUUUUUACUUUUUGUCUCUGUAUAUUGUUCUGAUCAUAUGUCUAACAGCAUUACCAGGAAAGAAAUGUAAAUGUAAUAUGUUAUUUAUUCAUUUUCAAGAAAUGCAUCUGCAAGUUAUUAAAUACAUGAGUUCACAUGAA